GAAGCGGGAGGGCAGCGCUGCUGUCUGACGGCGUUGGGGAGCGUGGCCCGCCCGGCCCUGUCGAUUUGCGGUGUCCAUGGGCAGCGUGCGUUGGGCCUUCCCCUGCGCCGCCUGGCGCCCCUGCCGCCAGGAGUGGCUGCUGGCGGCGCGGCUGGUGCAGCCCGAGGAGAAGGACCGCAUCGGCCAGUUUGUCUUUGCCCGCGAUGCCAAAGCCGCCUUGGCUGGUCGCCUGCUGAUGCGGAAAUUAAUUGCAGAGAAGUUGUGCAUACCUUGGAAUGAAAUACACUUGCAAAGGACAUCGAAAGGAAAACCUUUCCUGGCAAAUAACGUACUCAGUAUCUAUUCGAAUUACAACUUCAAUGUCUCUCAUCAAGGAGAUUAUGCAGUUCUUGCAGCUGAGCCUGAGCUUCAAGUUGGCAUUGAUAUUAUGAAGACUAAUUUGCCAGGCAGUAGCUCAAUUCCAAAUUUCUUUCACAUCAUGAAGAGACAGUUUACUGAAACAGAGUGGAGUGUAAUCAAGUCUAUGAGUAAUGAAUGGAUGCAGCUGGAUAUGUUUCAUCGGCACUGGGCCUUGAAGGAAAGCUUCUUAAAGGCUAUUGGAGUAGGAAUUGGCUUUAACUUACAAAGAAUUGAAUUUAAUGUGUCCCCACUGCAACUGGAAACAGGGAAGGUGUAUAAGGAGACAAAAAUGCUUCUGGAUGGAGAUGAAGAAGAAGAGUGGACAUUUGAAGAAACCCGGUUAGAUGACCAUCAUCACGUUGCAGUGGCCCUUGGGAAACAGGAGGGAUUUGUACAGAAGCAUUCUGAUGACAUAUUUAAAUUGCCAGUGGUGCUGCAUCUCAUCCUUUCUACAGGAAUACUGAUAAAUGUCUUUCUGAGGUGAAAAGAAGGUGGCCAUUGUUUCUAAAGACAAUUACCUAAGUAUUGUACAAAAAUCCAGGAGUUUUAAUUGUUGGCUUUCAUCAUCACUGUUACACACCUUAAAAUUAUUAAAGAAAGAACAGGCAUCAGGAGUUACUAUGAGAAGUCUUUGAAUCAAGAAAAGUCUCAAAGGCAUACUUGUCCACUGAUAAAUUUGUGAUCGCCUAAAUUUCAUUAG